AUGACAAAGCACAGAAUUCUGGUGUUUGGAAUCCAAAAUUAUCAUUUCGCGUGGGACAUUGUUCUGCAGAAGUUGUAUACACUACCAUCUAAUCAAAAUGGAUCGUCAAGAACACAGGAUUUAAAUGCAACCCAAGCUAGUUUCACGGAUAUUUGGACUGAUGUCGUUGAUAACGGGCUCUUUGCAGCUGCAUCCUCUGAGGAGCGGAAAUAUUGGGGUUUCCUCCUUUUUAUAAAGACUAUGAACGAGGCCCCGCCACAUCUUGCUGCAUUGGUCUUCACGAAAAACCUCAUGCGGUGUUUCAUGAAUCAGCUAGCUGUUGAAGAUCGGUAUCUUCACCGGAUAGCUGCGAAGGCACUCAGGUCCAUCCAAGCGCGCAUAGCAAGGGAGCCAGAAUUUAUUGUGGAUGCUAUAAGCGGACUAAUGGGCCCGAAUGGUGCGGUAAACUUUGAUCACAUUACGAAGACCAAAACUAUUGAAAAAUUGAUAUCUACCCUUAGCGUGGACACUUUGAAGGAGAUCAUCCCGUUAUUUGAAAAAAUGAUUGCAUCUCCCGGCAUGGAAGAUGUUAAAGCUGCAGCAUCGACUCGACAACAACUUACUGGAUAUUUGCUCUCGGCCGUGAGGACACAGGCGUCGUCUGUCAUUAACACCACUGCCCCUGACGAGUUACAUUCAUCAAUCAAGAGUGUUUUGCUCCUCCUAGCUCGCUUUGCUUAUUUUGUACACAAUGAAAGUAACAGAAGCAAGCUAACUCCAGUAAAACCUCCAAUCGCGGAAGCUACCCAGGAGUUAUUUCGUAAUAGGAUGAUGUCCUGUUUGCAUAUCGUCAUCAGUGGCCGGAACAGUCCAGCUGCUGUCCCUUACACUGUGGUUCGCAAGAUCCAUGAAAUGGAUAUGGAAGGGACCUGGGGCAAAUUUGUCAUUGAAAUGGGCGAAGACAUCAAAGAAUCUGUUACGUCUGCUUUCAAAACGCUAAAAAAGCUUACCCAUAAGGAAAAACACGCUGAGAAGAAGGAAGCAUCCAGUAUCCAGGCACUUAUACUUCUGUACUCGAUGACCAUCUUGCAGGUGUAUAACGGAGAUGCUGAUGCUGUUGAGAUGCUUGACGAGCUAAAAUUCUGUUAUUCUACGUUCCUUGGCCACAAAUCAGAGCGUGACGAGGCAGAAGAGGGGUCGGAUGCGCUUGUGGAAAUCCUCCUCAGCUUCGCAUCGAAGCAAUCGCAACUUUUUCGUCGGAUGAGCGUGCAAGUGUUUGGAGCUUUUGCAGAUCAGGUCACUGCGACUGGUCUUCAAUCUUUGAUUGAUAUCCUUGAAGCUAAGGACACUUUGGCAGGUCAGGAGGAAAUAUUUGAAACCCAAGAAGUGGGCAGUGAUGUAGAAAUGGUUGAUCCUGAAAACAACGAUGAUGACGAGGUCGAUGAUGUUGAAGUAAUCAGCCAAGCCUCUUCAGGGGAAACCGGCGACAAAUCCGACGAAGAGUCAAAAGACAGUGACUCCGAAGAGGAAGACUAUGGCGAACUCGAAUCCUUCGAAGCGAAACUCGCUUCAGCAUUAGGAACCCACCGAGCUGACAAGGACCUGGAUGCCUCCUCGUCUGGCUCCGAAGACGCCUCCAUGGAUGACGAUGAAAUGGAAGCCCUCGACGAUCAAAUCGCAAAGGUCUUCCGCGCACGCAAGCAAGUCUAUAGCAAAAAGAAAGAGCAAAGAGACGCCAAAGAGACCAUGCUCAAUUUCAAAAACCGCGUGCUCGACCUGCUCGAAAUCUAUGUGAAGAAAUGUCAUUCCAACAUCCUUGCCCUCAACCUUCUUAUGCCCUUAUUACAACUCAGUCGCAAGUCAAGGACCAAACAAAUCGCUACUCGCGCCGGUAAUGUGCUCAGGGAAUAUACCAAACAAUGCAAAGGAACAGCUAGCAUCCCCGCCAUCGAAUCUGCAGAGCCAGUCUGGGAACUAUUGAAGGCUGUUCAUCAGGAAGCUACGCAUAGCGGGCCGGCUAUUCAUGCAUCGGCCUGUAGUCAGGCGAGUUUGCUGCUGGUGAAGAUUCUUGUGGCGCAUGGAAAGGAGAGUUUGUCGGAUAUUGUCGAUAUUUAUGGCGAGACACGCAAGAAGCAGCUUACAAGCAAGAAGUGUCAUGUCCAGCCGUCGUUCUUCUCGGAUUGGAAUAAUUGGUGUGUUUCGGCAAGUAAACAGAGCAAGGAAUAG